GAGGUGGCAAAUGGGGUAUCCACUGGACUAUGGCUAACCAGAACCCGGACAUCGUGUCGGGCGGUAAGCGACAGAUCGCCUCCCAUUACCACCCGCUGAUCGACGCGUACGCCUCGGGCGACACCCGUGUCAUCGACUGGCAGUUGGGACUCAUGAAGCUGUCGGGUGUGACCGGUAUUUUGGUCGACUGGCCCGGCACCUCAGGUAAAUUGGACUACGGGGCUAAUGCCCGUAACGCCGACGCUAUUAUUUCCCGUACCGCCGCCCAUGGGUUGGAGUUUGCGGUUGUCUAUGAGGACCACAACUUCGAGUUGGCCAACAUAACCGACCACAUCGGACAGGGCCGGAGGGACAUGCAGUAUGUCCACGACAAGUACUUCAGUCAACCAAAUCACGCCAAACUGAACGGCAAACCCCUGAUCAUGGACUUUGGCCCCCAGACCCUCCAGGGGGACGAAUGGAACCAAAUAUUCUCGCCAUUCAACCCGAAACCGGAAUUCAUAAUCCUAUGGUACCAGACAAAGACAACUGCCGGUGCCUCGCAGGGAGACUUUGCGUGGCCGGCCCAGGACUUUAUC